AUAUAUUUUUGAGUUUAUUUACUUAAAAUUCUGGCUUAGUCCAUCUUCAAUCAACAUACCAAAAAAAAAAAUAUUUACCUAAAAUGAAAAUGGAAAAUUCAGUGUGUGAUCUACGGAAGCGUUGUGCGAAAAUACAUAAUGUUCGUUUCUACAAUAUAACACCACGUUCCAUUCAAACAAUGGCAUACAAUUUUAUUUGGGGAAAAUUAGCUUUAGCAAGGUGUGAUGGAUCUAUCGAGAUCUGGGAUGUGAGUCAUGCUCCCUGCUUAGAGCGAGUCAUACCUAAAACCCCAGGCAAUUCAGUGGAAUGUAUGGGUUGGUGCGGUAAACGUUUGUUUAGUGCCGGUUUAAAUGGAGAAAUAGUCGAGUGGAAUUUACAAUCUCUACAGCCACGUGUUAAACAACAUGUUACCGGCAAUACUGUAUGGUGUUUGGACAUCAAUCGGGAAGGUACUGAAUUAGCUAUCGGUACAGAUGAAGGCUAUAUUAACCUUUUCGAUGUAACCGAUAAUCAGUUAUUAUAUAAAAAACUAUUUGACAAACAGGAGGGUCGUGUGUUAUGUUGUGCAUAUGAUGCUACCAGUGAAUUUCUGGUCACAGGGUCUGUAGGCGCUAUACGCAUUUGGAAUUGUCGUACAGGUCAUGCUGUCAACAAGAUUAACAUAAGUGCCAACAAAUAUAAUAAAGCUGAAGCUAUAGUGUGGUCUGUAAAAGUGCUUAGCGAUUUUACCAUAAUUACGGGUGAUUCCUUGGGUAAUGUAACCAUGUGGGAUGGCCGUAUGGCAUCACAGACGGAAACUCAUCAGGUUUUAAAAGCUGAUGUUUUGGCAUUGGCUGUGAACGAGGAGGAAGAUAAACUGAUUUGUGGUGGUGUAGAACCCAACAUUCGCAUAUAUGCAAAAGCCUUGAUUAAACGUAAUGAUGCAACUUGUAAUCGCUGGGUGAAGUUUUUGCAACGGCGCGUACACGACCAUGAUGUUAAGGCUUUAGUUUGCGCUAAGAAUUUCAUAUACUCAGGUGGUGUAGAUGGGUGUCUGGGUUUGUCGUCAGUGGCCAAAAACAAAAUAAUGAAUGUGAAAUACGGUCCGUUCCUGAAGCCACCGUGUGUUUCAGUUGCCAGCAGCCAACGUUUGCUUUUAUUACGCUACCCUAACUAUUUGGAAAUAUGGCGUUUAGGUUCUCCCAAGGAGAACUCUGAUUCAGAAUUUCAAGAGCCGAGUCAGCAAUGUCAACUGUUAGCAUUAGCUAAAAAUCCAGAAAAGUUAUUGGAAUUAAAAAGUAAAAACGAAGAUCCUAUUGUUUCGGCAGCUCUCUCCCCAAAUGGCAAUUGGUUAUGCUAUUCAACACCAGAAUAUAUCAGAUUGUUUCGUUUCACAAUAAGCAAAGGCAAAACUCCCUGCCAACUGAGAAGAGUUAAAGAUUUACCACAACAAUUCGUUCCCUCAACACAUAUUUGCUUUACAAGCGAUUCAAAGCGUCUAUUUUUGGUUAAUCGUACUACAAGCGAGAUAAUGAUUUUCGCUGUACUUAGUGCAGACGAUGAUUUGAUUAGCUCGCUCCCUCCCCUCGAUUUCGUAGAGCUUGUAGACACCACCAAACAUGUUAAAGAUGGUAUUAAAUUGUUUACAGUAUCAGUGUGUGGUACUUAUGUAGCGAUAGCCGGAAACGAUCGCUCUAUAGCCGUGUGGUUUGUAUAUAAAGGUAAACAUUUUAAACACCUACUUAAUUUGCCUCGUUAUGCGGCAGCUACUACAGCUUUGGCAUUACAUGCUGAACUGCCACGCUUAGUAGCCGCCUUUGCUGAUGGUAAAAUUUUUGAAUACGAUCUCGAGGAAAUGUGUUUCACUUGCUCAGCUAUAAAUCAAUUUGUGAAGCAAAGUGAACAUGCUUGCAUUACCAAUAUUUGCUUGGAUUCGAGAAAUCCCGAAAUAAUGAUUAUGCAAACCGAGGCCGUAAUGUUUGUGCUGGAAAAGUACUCAAUUCAGCAAGAAACCGAAGAUGCACAUCUUGAUAACUCCUCAAAAGCGGAAAAAUUUAAGAAGUGCCGGACAUCAUCAAACGAGGAAUCAAAAGUUUUGUCCUUACGUUUGAAACAACACAAGGCGUUCCAGCAUCUUGUACAUUUGUGUUGGUUAAGCUCUGAUGAAUUGGUGGCGGUGAUUGUUGAUCCAAUUACUCUAUUGGAGCAGUUACCGAACGUAUUUAGAGAGAAACUUUUCGGAAUCAUGUAGUUCCGCUUAACGUCUUCAUUUUAUAUUGACAUUUAAUUAAUUAUAUUUUUACGCAAAUAAACUAAG